GAGUAACAAAAAAUUCGAAUUUUGUUGGUGAUGAAAUAGAACGUAGGGGUAGUAUGGAUAGUAAUUUUGGAGUUUAUGGUAAGAAAAGUCCCAGAGGGCUGUCUGUCGAGGCAAGGGAAAUGUAUUAUAUGUCUCAGGUUGAGCUGCCAUUGACGACGGAAAAGAAAGAAAUGUUCUAUCAAGUGAAGACAUCAAGCUCACCUACGUUGACUGAAGGUGGGGAGUUAGAUUAUCAAAUUAGUGGAGAAUUAAA